AUGGUUAGAGGAACAUAUCCAUCCAAACUUCCUCCUAUAAUAACGUCAGACUUCAAGCAAGAGUAUUUCUUACCUCGCUCUCAUUCUUCUCCCUUGUCUCUACUCUGUAGAGCUCACAACGGUGAGAUCACGUAUCAUUGGUUUAAAAAUGACAUGAAAGUCAACAACAAUGGGCGCAUUGCUGUGAACAAGAAUGGCGAAAUUGUCUUUCAAAAUCUCACACAGAGUGAUUUUGGUGUUUUCUAUUGCUUGGCAAAAAAUAAAUAUGGAUCCUCAGUCUCCUUGUUUAUCAAGAUCUCUGAAGCGGUUCUUGAUAAAUUUCCUACAAAGACAUUGACACAAACUUGUGAAGAAAAACAACAUUGCCAGCUAAAUUGUCAGGAUAAACCUAGAUGUGAACCAAUAAAUGAGUGUCAUAUAGAAUGGAAAUAUGGAAUUGGGACUUUGAAUACUAUAUCUGCGACCAAUAAAACAGCUGUGGAUGGAUUGGGGAAUCUUCAUUUUCUAAGCGUAAGUAAAUCUGAUGGCAACAGAACAUAUGAUUGUGGAAUUUGGAAUGAACGCACAAAGACACUUGUCAAGGGAGGUUCAAUAAAACUUCAAAUUCAUGAAACAUAUGCCAGAAAUGAAACCGUCCCCAUUCGAGCAGUAUAUCAAAGUAGAUAUAAGGCAGUUGUUGGUCAAUACGGAAUACUGAAGUGUAUUUUUUCUGGAAGCUCAGUUCCGGUUAUAAAAUGGAAAAACAAAAAUGGUUCUGACAUAGAAUUAAAUCAUAGAUACAGCAUUAAGGAUUAUGGGAGACAACUACAUAUCAUGAACGUAACCUUUGAUGAUGAGGGUGAAUAUCAAUGUAUAGCCGAUGGCCACAUUUCCCAGAAUCCAUUUCUUAAUGUUACUUCCCCUCCGAAAUUUGUUGAAAACAAUAGAUGUUUCCUGACCAAGAUUGUAGAGAAUUCUUCUAGUGAAGUAAUUAUCUUAACAUGCGAUGCUGUUUCUGCGCCAGAGGAAGCGAAUCCUGGAGUGACCAAAUGGAUGAAAAACGGCAAGGUUAUUAACUCAUAUCAAGCAUAUUGCCUCACGUCAGACUAUUAA